AUGGAUAAGUCUUCGGGCACCUCUGAAAUCAAAUGGAGCACGGUAUCUUUACCUCUGGAUCUUAUCGUCGGCAAAUUCCGGUUACCAACACUGGCGCGGCUGAGCCAAGGACAAUAUAUUGAGGGAUUGACCGAACAGGACCUACUCCUAAUCCAUUCGUGUAGGCAGUGGACAACAGUGACUGCACACAGCUUAGAGGAGGGCCACUAUGUGAUUGGACCGAAGAUAGACAUCCCGCUACAAUACCUUGGAAAGUUUAAAUUGCUGGAUCAGGAUCGGGAUGUAAGGGAGCCUGUGCAGUAUUUUAACAGUGUUGAGGAAGUGGCCAAUGUUUUUCCAGAUCGUGUCUUCGUUAUGGAGGCAAUAACAUUCAGCGUAAAGGUGGUCUCUGGUGAAUUCAGUGAAGACAGUGAGGUUUAUAAUUUCACACUGCACGCUGGUGAUGAACUGACACUGAUGGGCCACGCUGAGAUCCUCUGUGCCAAGACUGUGAAAGAAAAAUCCCGCUUCAACACAAUACUGCGGAAACUGGGCAAGACGAGUACGCUCAGCAAACAGGUCAAGGGCAAGAUGCCGUGCCUCAUCUGCAUGAACCACAGGACCAACGAGAGCCUAAGCCUCCCCUUCCAGUGCCGAGGGAAGUUUAGCACUCGCAGCCCCCUUGAGCUACAGAUGCAAGAAGGGGAGCAUACCAUCCGCAGUAUCAUAGAAAAGGUUCGGUUGCCGGUUAAUGUCACCGUACCUUCUCGUCCACCCCGCAACUCCUACGACCUUCACUGCAUCCGUGAAGGGCAUCGCUACAAACUUGUCAGCAUUAUAUCAAAGACCGUAGUCUUGUGCUGCCUCAUUCGCAAGGACGACAUUAUCCCUUUGCACUUCCUGCUGCUCUCGGACAUGCCCAGGUUUGUGCUGCCGGAGGGGCUGAUACGAGGCAACCCUCUGUACGAGAAGUUGGUGCAAGAAAUAACUCUGUUCAGCCAGGAGCAUUUCAAUGCCGAUGAGUACUCAAAGGCAGUCCGAGAGGUUAAGACGGACUUUACUGAUGACUGCACAAGUCCCAGGAGAAUCAGGGUUUGCUUGCAGGGAUAUACCACCAAUUCACUGAAUUAUGCCCGAGAUGAACUAACGCAAUCGUUUCAGAGGCUGUCCGUGUGUGCUUUCAGUGGUGCUAUGUUGCACAGCAACGGGGAGGUUACCUUUCAGAGUUGCAGGGACUCCAUGGGGGAGCAGCAGCUCAUGCCGCACGAAUUACUGACUCCGCCCGAGGUGGUCGAUGUGGACAGAGAGUACGUGAUACCUGAUUGGGCUGAAAAUUACUUCAGGGCUCAGGAGCAGCCUGAGAUUCCUUACGAGGAGCUGUGGACCAAUCAAAGUCCAGACAGUUCAAAGGAUCCCUGCAGCGUGGGGCCAGAGGGUGAGAAUAAAACACAGCAGAGUUCCAUCUCCUUCUACCCUCAUUCUGCUGCGCCCCCAGAUGAGGACCCUGCUCUUUCGGCACAUUUGGCUGUGUUGCAAAUGGGAGAAUCCAGAAUGCCAAGUCCACCCCCUGUACCUCCAAAAUCAGAAGCUGUGAGUAUCAUAGCAAAUGGAUCCAGUGUGAAAGAGGAAUGUCGUCUUCUAAAUGUUCCCCCUAUUCCUCCACGGGGUACUAAAGGUGUUCCUACACCAAGCCCACCGGUUCCUCCUCGAUUUGCAAAGGCCCAGCUCCAGGAAGCCCAUUCACCAAGCCCAAACCUGUCCUAUUACUCAUCUGGCCUUCAUGAGAUUUCUGGAACCCGCAGUGGCAGCUGUUCGCCAUCCCCAGACUCGUAUUCCCUUUACUGUUACCCAUGUACGUGGGGAGACUGCAAGGCUACAGAUUCUUCCAACCAUCCAAUAUCGGGGAAUAUUUCAUCUAACAUCCAGAACGUGCAGACCUCCUGGUCGGAUCCAUGGGCAUAUUCAGACAGUGUUCAAAAUGUGAUCAGUGGGCGAUCUACACCCCAAUUAUCAGGAGAUGCAGUCCUCAAAAGUUACUACAGUUGCCCUCGACUGAAGCCACCAAGCUGUCAGAAACGGUUUGCUCCUUUCGGGGCAUUAAACCCUUUUGCCAAUCCUAGUUACUCAACUAGUCCAUCAGCCACAGAUUGGUUGGAAUCUUCUGAUCAUCACAAGUCUCCAUCCACUACAUCAGACCAUUUUGAUCCUAUGGUUAGCCGUAGCACCUCUCCUGAUCCAGGCUCGGUCAGCAAUUCUGGAGACUUACGGUACAAUCAGGAGUUUAGAAACUGUGUACAGGAUUCAUUGUACAAACAGACCGAGAGCAUAUCUUGUCCAGUCCCACCACCACGGCCUCCAAAAGUCUGUGAUUCAGACAACAUCAUCAUCAGAAAUACAGCUUCCCUCUCUCCUACUAUUGUAAGAGGUGCCGAGGGUGGUGUCACAAGGGUCUAUCUCACACAAGGAGUUAUAGAAGUUCCUCCGGUGGCAUCGAGAAGUAAUACAGAGAUACCUGCUUCCCUCCCUUCUUCUAAUACCCUAAGUGUGCCCAAAUUAAAUGGUAGCGGUUUGUACUGGCACCCACCAUCUGACCUAUCUACUCUUUCUGUGGAGGAAGUCUCCAAAUGCCUACGGUUCAUAGGCCUUUCAGAAGAUGUGUUGACAUUCUUUGUCCGAGAGCGAAUUGAUGGAAACAUUUUUGUUCAGUUGACUGAAGAAAUCCUAUCUGAUGAUUUUAAACUGACAAAACUGCAAGUGAAAAAGAUCAUGCAGUUUAUUAAAGGAUGGAGGCCUAAGAUUUAACCUUAUUCUUUGUUUAGUCACGUGGAUUAAGGUUUAACUCUUAACUCAUCGUACCUUAUGAUAAUCUGAAAGGCACUCUUUGAAAAGCACCUCCAGAUGUUUAAAAUAUCUCAGAACUUGUUCAGCCAUAGAAAAUACCAUUCAUGUAGGCUAGUGUGAAGGAUAGGUGUUAUUAAAAUAUAAUAUCCAUUGUUGCUGUCAUUGCACAUUUUAAAAAUGCUAUCUCUUUUUCCCCGUUAUGGAAAGUGUUAACUGCACAAUAUGUUGAAUUUUGUAGUAAUAAGUAUGAGUUAAAGAGUUAAAUUAUUUUUGAACUCUAAUCAAUGCUGCCUUAUUGGAGUUAGAAUAGUCUUCAGGUUAUUGCAAACAUCAGGUUGUCUGUUUAAUCAAGCUCGGUAUGUUUUCAUGAAUGUUUAAAAUGCUACAACAGUGGAAAGCUGAAAUGCAAUUUCCAUUGCUUUGGCUUUUAAUCAGUUAACUGCUACCUGUGUUCCUGAGAUUGAAUUAGAUUACUGAUGGGUAAACCCUUUCUAACAUUUACUGUACUAAUAAAGCUGUGGAACUCCAUUUGAAAAAUUGUAUUACCCAUAUAAUUUUUACUGCACUUGCAGAUCUCCCCCCCCAUCGCCCACCCCACUGCACCCCCAAAACAAAAAUAGGAAGCCCAAAUGAUCCUAUAGUAAAAUCAUUUUUGUGCAGCAUGUGGUUAUUGUGACAAUUAGAAGGAAAAAUUAAGUACACAUCUGUGAGGAAAUUUACAGUUGCCCUUUUCCAUAGUACACUGCAUAUACCUAUAAUUUAGCACAUUGUUUUAGCCAGUAAUUUGAUCUAAAAAUGUACUGUACUAAUCACUACUGUCUUAAAAACUGUAUAGUCUAUUAUUUGUGGAAGACAGCUCCAAAUUAUACCGUUUAAUGGCUGUGGUUUUUCCAACUAAUUUUUCAGAAAUUUCUGUGUAUGUAUAUUUAUGGACAAGCAACUCUUUCUCAAUGUAGAUGUUCAUGUUGAUAUAAUUUUCUUUUUUAACAAUGAAAGUUGAUAAUACUAUAAUUGUACUGAAAUGCCCAAGUUUAUGCAUAAUUUAAUCUAUACAAAUCAAUACAGAGAAUAGAACACAAAAA